UUUUCUGUUUUGUGUUUGAUCUGCUGAUGUUUCUGUAGACUGCGGCGCUGGCACAAGAAACAUGGAUGAGCACCAACAAGGGAGUCUACAUUGGAAUCUUGGUUACUAUUUUGGCAUUGUUGGUCAUGUUUUUGGUAUUCUUGAUUAGGAGAAGAUAUUUUUGCCUGGGUAGCAAGGCGGAGCUACUACGUAUGAUUCCAUUGAAAGAUUCUCGCAUUGGAGCUUUGAAAAAUGCAGCUCUGAAGCCUAUUCAAGCAGAAGACAAUGUCUACAUUAUUGAUGACAAUCACUAAGUCCUGGAUCCAGAUUCUAAAGUGUUAUGCCAUUGACUGUAGCAGACAGUGACCAGAUACUGUGUCAGAGUGCUUUCAAUCAGCUGCACAAUUUUUCAGUCAGUUUCCCAUGGCAUUCCUAUGAGUCAGGGCCACUGGGUAGAGCAAUGCUAGCUCAACUGUGUAAAGUCAACCUCUGUCACAGAGUCCUAAUUUUUUAUACUAAAUUGGCUCAAACUUUCUGAUCAUUGCAGCUGCUUCUGCUGCUGCUAAGUAGCUACAGUCGUGUCCGACUCUGUGUGACCCCAUAGACGGUAGCCCACCAGGUUCCCCCAUCCCUGG